GCAAAUCAUUGGUCGAAGAAGGGAACACUUUUCAUUACCGCUACAAGCAAGCUCUUUGUCAUACCAACAGCAAGUGCCCGACUCUGAUUUUCUUAAACAUACAAAUUGUUUGAGCCUUUGGUUGUGAGUUGUGAUAAAUUGCACUUGGAUUGAUACUGUCGUAUCAGGCUGGAGCUGUUGCUGACCUUAGACUUAAGCCUUGCAGGUGGCCCAAGACUGGAUUCCAUUUGUACAGACUCAAUUCGCACAGAUGUCAGACGAGGAGUUCCCCAUGACUGGUGGCAUGGGCGACAUGGGUGAUGACAGUGACAUGGACAUGCCAAGCGGCCUUCCAGAGGGCGUGGAGAAGGAAAUCAUCACGGAUGCCCCAGCUGGCAACUACAAGCAGCCCAAAUCGGGCGAUGAGGUCACAGUGCACUACGUGGGCACUUUGGCCUCUGAUGGCUCCCAGUUUGACAGCUCCCGAUCUCGGGAGAAGCCCUUCAACUUCACCUUGGGGAAGGGUCAAGUGAUCAAGGGCUGGGACUUGGGCGUGGCCACCAUGAAGAAGGGGGAAGUCGCCAAGUUCACCCUCUCCCCGGACUACGCCUAUGGCGCCAGCGGGUCCCCCCCUGCGAUCCCGGAGAAUGCCACGCUGGUCUUCGAAGUGGAGCUCAUCGACUGGGUCUCCAAGGACGACCUUUUUGGAGAUGGAGGGGUGAUCCAACUCCAGGUGGCAGAGGGCAGUGGCUGGAAGUCGCCAAAAGAGGACAGUGAGGUGAGACUUUCUUUGAAGGCUUUGAACAUGGAUGGCAGUCUCAUUGAAGACAAAGGCUCCAUGGAGUAUGUCAUGGGCUCCGAGAUCUUGGGGAUCUGGGGCAAGACAGUGGAGAAGGCCCUGUUGAAGAUGAAGAAGGGUGAAGAGAGCAAGCUCACCUGCAACAACUCAACCUAUGCAGGCGACAGCCAUCCUGAUGGCCUUGUGCUGGAGCUGAAGUUGGAAGAGGUUUUUGAGGUGACGGAUGUCUCCCCAGCCAAGGACAAGUCCAUGAUGAAGAAGCAAAUCAAGGAAGGCGAGGGCUAUGAAAAGCCCAACGACGCGGCCAAGGUGGUGCUGAACGUCGAGAGCGCCCAGACCGCCGGGGACCUCGCCGGCUUUGCGGCCAAGACCUUGGAGUUCACCUGUGGUGAAGGCCACGUGUGCGAUGCCUUGGAGUUUGCCGUGAGCGCCAUGAAGAAGGGCGAGAGGGCGGUCUUGACGGUCGCCGGCUGUGAAGAACCUCAGUUGGGGCUCAAGAGCUCGGAGAAGGUGAUCUUGACUUUGGAGCUCACAAGCUUCGAGAAGGCCAAGGACACCUGGGAUAUGUCUGAGGAGGAGAAGGUGGAGUAUGGUGCAGCGCGCAAGGACGUGGGCGCCAAUCUCUUCAAGGCGGCACGCUACCAGUUGGCCAUGGAGCGAUACAAGAAGGUGGCAGAUCUCUUCAGCUACAUCGACAACUACAAGGAGGAGAAUAAGGCCAAGGCUAUUGAGCUUAAGAAGGCCUGCACACUGAACAAGGCUGCCUGCCAGUUGAAGCUGGAGCUUUAUAGUGAUGCAAAGGCCUCCUGCAGCACCGUGCUGAAGGACAGCGCCAACAACGUGAAGGCACUCUUCAGAAGGGCCCAGGCGGAGUUUGGCUUGAAGAACUACUUGGAUUGCGUUAAGGAUGUGAAGAAGAUCCUGGAACUUGAGCCCAACAACCGGGAGGCUCGGGCAUUGGCGAAGAAUGCUCAGGCGGGGCAGAAGGAGGAGGACAAGAAGUCCAAAGGCCUCUUUGGAAAGAUGUGCAAGGCUCUUGGCAAGGGGCCCAUCCCAGAGCCCUACAAGGACAAGACCUUCGAUUUUGACGAGGACGAGGCGGCUGAGGAGAACGACGGGGAGGCCGAGGCCGAGGCCCCGGAAAUGGCCCAAGCGGCUGCCGCUGGUGCCUGAGGUGAUGGGGUGAGGAAUGGGAUGCCGCAAAGUCGGAGGGUGAGGGCCACGGAGGUUUUGAAAGGCCAAAAGGGCUUUAUUUUUGGCCUUGCAGAGACCAUCAAAAACCAAAUGCAGAGAGCGGAGAAAA